CCAAGGACCAAGGCUAAUAUUGGGAGAGAGAGAGAGAGAGAGAGAGAGAGAGGAUGGAGGGUGGCAGUGGCGGCCCUGUCGGGGAGAGAACGGGGAGUAGCAGUGGCGCCACCUACGCACUGAGGCACAACAGACCUUGCAACCACGAGGACAUCAUCUUCUGCAUCGACAUCGACAGGCAAUCCCAGGCGGACAUGAAGGUGACGGGGGCGAAGGGCCGCCCCAUCACCCGCCUCGAUGCCAUCAAGCAGGCCAUCCUCCUCUUCCUUCACGCCAAGCUCCGGAUGAACCCCAACCACCGCUUCGCCUUUUCUGCUCUCUCCCACUCCGCCUCCUGGAUUCGAAGGGAGUUCAGUGGUGACGUGGAUUUGGCUUUAUCGGCGCUCAGAUCCAUCUCGGCCGAUUUGUCGUACGAUCAGGCCGAUCUCUCUCAGUUGUUCAAGAUGGCUGCUUAUGAAGGAAGGAGAUGUCGGGCUCAAUCCCGAAUCCUCAGAGUGAUCCUCAUAUACUGCCGAUCAUCUGUCCAACCUGAGUUUCAUUGGCCAGAAGGUCAGAAAUUAUUUACCCUGGAUGUGCUCUACCUUCAUGAUAAACCCAGCCCAGACAACUGCCCCCAGAAGGUCUAUGAUACGCUUGUGGAUGCACUUGAGCAUGUGGGUGAACAUGAGGGUUACAUAUUUGAGAGUGGAGGUGGAUUGACCCGCGUGCUUUUCAAACAAAUGUGUCUCCUCCUAUCGCAUCCGCAGCAACGAUGUUCUCAAGAGGAUUUGGACAUUCCCAAGUCUGUGACAAAGAAAGUUCCAGUGACUGAAGGGCAUCCUGUCAAGGAAGAGGAGACACCCCAUGGUUCCAACCAAUAGCAUGGUUAAUAGGUAUCGGUUGUACUUUUACACAAUGGAGGAGAUGUUGCUUGAAAUAGAAGGUUCCUCUGCAGUGAGGUCCUCUUCGCAUUGUAUAAAAUGGCAUGAUGUUAUGGUGUCUGUUGCUGCUACAAGCCUUUUUUUUUUUUUUUUUGCUUUCACCAAGUUAGUCAAAAUGGUCGGAUACUGAUUACAGCAGUUAUUGGAGAUUCUCAGUAUCCUUCAUGAAUUGGAGUUCAGCGACCUUCAUGAAUCAAUGGAACCGGCUUUCUCCUGAGAAGGAAGAGCAGCCAGCUCUCUCAAUUUGAGUAGCUAUUGUCCUAAACAAGAUUGUGACGUAUGGCGUGUAGAACCCAUUUCAAGUUACUGGUUUCUUGUACAUGCAUUCAGAUGCAUUUUUCGGA